GUCGCUGCAGACUCGCUAAAGGACACACAAUGGCUUUUUAAAACCAUUCAAUAUGCCAGCUUCGCUUGUCUGAAAAUUGAUGGACGCCACACCUGGGGAAGUGUGGUGGUCGUGUCCGAGAUAGGAGGCCAAAUCUCGGCUAAAGGGGGACGAUGGGGGCGACGGUGCGGCUCGGGAUGCUGGUGGUGUUGGUGAGCUGCACCGCUGAGCUGCGUUCAGCAGGUUGCGGCGAGAGGGUAGAGGUCCACAUGGAGCGCCGUGGUGUGAUCUAUAGCCCCUCCUGGCCUUUAAACUACCCCCCCGGACUCAACUGCAGCUGGACCAUCCAAGCAGGCCAUGGAGAGAUCAUUACCAUUAGUUUCCGGGUGUUUGACGUUGGUGAGCCUGGGAACUGCGAGUCGGGUGAUUGGCUGCUGAUGACGUCAUCUGGGUGGGGAGGAGGGGUGCUGGACUCACAGCGUCUGUGCGGUUCUUUGCGCCCACAGCCUUUCAUCACCAGCAGAGGGCGAGCUUUGCUCUACUUCCACUCAAAAGUCAACGCUUCUGGACAAGCUCAAGGCUUCCACAUGUCCUAUAUCAAAGGUCACUUGGGUCAAAGCAGCUGCCAGCCGGAUGAGUUUUUGUGUGGCAAUGGCAAAUGCGUGCCGCACUCUUGGAAGUGUAACGGCCAGGAUGAGUGUGGCGAUGCCACCGACGAACGGGGCUGUUCGCCGCCACCCACCGAGGCCCUUACGGGGCCCUGCCCCCGAGGGACGCUCCCAUGUGCCUCCGGUCGCUCCACUCGCUGCCUGCCUGCUGCCCUGCGCUGCGACCGUUCCCAUGAUUGCCCGGACGGCAGCGAUGAGCUGGGUUGCCCUGACACUGCGUGUGGGAAACAUCUAGGUCACUUCUACGGCUCCUUUGCGUCGCCCGAUUUCUUCCGGCCUGCUGCAGGGGCGGCGGGUGAGCUGCGGUGCUCGUGGGUCAUGGACACGCGGGAUCCUAAACCAAUCCUGCUGCGGCUGGACCUGCGACUGGGGCCCGGGGACGCGCUGCAUGUGUAUGAUGGCGCCCUGCACCGGGCCGAAAAUCUCCUGCAGGUGCUGUCCUACCAUAACAACCGUCGGCCAACAUUGUUAGAGUCCAGCCGGGGGCAGAUGAGCGUACUCUACACGGCCAAACCGCGAAGUCCUGGACAUGGGUUCAAUGCCACCUACCAGGUCAAAGGCUACUGCUUCCCCGGCGAGCGUCCCUGCGGUAGCGAGCAGGGUUGCUACUCGGAACGUCAGCGUUGUGACGGCUACUGGCACUGCCCCUCUGGCCGAGAUGAAUCGUCCUGCCCGGCGUGUCCUGAGGGCGAGUUUCCGUGCGGCGGUGAUGCCGCGGGGGCCUGCUAUUCAGCAUCAGAGCGUUGCAACAACCAGAAGAGGUGCCCUGACGGUUCAGACGAGAGCAACUGCUUUGACUGCCAGCCAGGCAACUUCCACUGCGGUGACAACCUGUGCAUUUUUGAGACUUGGCGCUGCGACGGCCAGGAGGACUGUCCGGACGGCAGCGACGAACGUGAUUGCCCUACGGCAGUGCCGCGUAAAGUGAUCACGGCCGCCCUGAUAGGCAGCCUGGUGUGCGGGCUCUUGCUGGUGGUGGCACUCGGCUGUGCUCUCAAGCUGCACACUAUCCGCGGUCGUGAGUUCAGAGCCUUUGAGACGCAACUGUCGCGCAUGGAGGCGGAGUUUGUACAGAGAGAAGCGCCACCUUCUUACGGACAGCUCAUAGCGCAGGGACUCAUUCCGCCUGUGGAGGACUUCCCUGCUUACAAUCCCGCACAGGCCUCCAUGUUGCAGAACCUACGCUUGGCCAUGAGCCGCCAACUCAGACGUCACACGAGUCGCCGAUCUUCCGCUUCCUCCUCGUCUUCGCGGCGCCGCUUCGGGCACUUGUGGCGUCGCCUGUUCCGCCGAGAAGGCCGCCCAAGAGGCCAUAUCCCACUUCUGGAUCCACCGGCUGGGACGCACGUCAGUCUGGGCCUUCAGAGCUACCAAACCGCGGGAGGCGGUGUAGACGCUGAACGUGUUCAGGGACAUCCGGAGGGCGCCGAUCCACCGGAAUGUGCAUCGGAGGGUUCUGCCUCUCCUCUUUCCUACCAAUCAGGCGAAAGCUUAGCGGGGUCGGCGCUCUCUCUGGAGGCACCCGGUCCAAGUGACACUUCAUUGGGGCCGACCCCUUUUACUGGGCCCCACCCUCGGCCCACGAGAAAACUGGUUCUGGAUCUUGCGCUAAACCUAAAAGGGGUCUCGCUUAGGCGAUACUCCCCACUCGGACCUCUCUCUCAGGCCAAUCCCCUAGGAGCCGGCGCCCUACCCCACCCCUUGGACAGCACGCCCCCAUCAUCGACGUCGUCGUCUUCAGAAAGCGAUGGCGGCGGUCGGACGCCGGAGAUAAGAUGCCGGGAGAAGGGGUGGCGACGAAAGAGAGGGGAGGGCGGCGACGCUUUGGGUCGUCAAACGACGCCUUGCUGACGAGCGAUACCUGCCAAUCCGCCCGGCAACAAAGUGUCCUUGAGACCUGUACUCCCUUAUGUCAAUUCUAACUGAUUGUAAACACCCUGGAGAAAAAAAAAAACUCACUCGAUUGUAGCAUGCUAAAUGCUACGCAACAGGUUGCGAUGCCAUGGCCGCCUUUGAGUCGCGAGUAGCAACUCGCUACCUAGCGCUAAUAUGCUUUGCCAGCAAAGUGAAUAUGAACAGUUCCUAAUGCUCGCUUGCUUCGUAAUUUGGGAAAUUUUGUGAGGAGGAUCAUAUUAUUUUUGGAUUUUCAAUCAUUUUGGACUUAAGUUGAAAAACUCAACAAGGUGUAAAGGGAAAAUUUAUGAUGCAAAAGGAAAGAACAAUGGUAGUGCACUCAGGGUUCCCGCGGGGUCUUAAAAAGCCUUAAAAGCAUUGAAUUUAUGAAUUUGGAAAUAAUACCUUAAAAAGUCUUAAAAAGUAUUGAAUUUUCAUAUCCGGGUUUUAAAAUUCAUGAUUUAUGUAACUUCUCUGUGUUUCAUUUCUCCGCAAACGUGUCAUUUUGAUUAAAUGGAGCCAAUCAUUGAGAACGCAACGCAGCCCAGGGUAAAAAUCGUCGAUUGCAAGCACUGAUGGAUUAUGGGAUAUUGUGUAGUUCUUUUGACUUGCUAAUCCAAAUCAAAACAGCGUUGGCUCACCUAAAGAUGACUACAAAUAUGGCUGCUACUUCAAUUUGGUGUGCUGUGUGACCAGCUGAAAACGAUCACUAUUAUUAUCAGGAGUGGGAACUGCUGUGAAUUGGAAUGAGUUUAUCACUAGUAGACGUCCAUUCCAUUUGAAGUGGGAGGGUGGCAGCGAAUGAACAUUCGAAUGAACAUUCAUUCGUUCGUUUGUGAUUAUGACAUGACACUGCCAUGAGCAUUAAUGAAUGCUUAUGACAGAUGUCAUUUUGUGUCAUUCGGCAAAUUACCUCACUUUUGAAUGGAUGUUAAGCUCCGAGCUGUACAGAAAUAAUGGAUAAUUUGCCAGAUGAUACUUAAUGUCAUCUGUCAUAAGCAUUCAUUAAUGCCCAAUGAUAGUGUCAUGUCAUAAUUAUGACGGUCUUAUGGGAAUCUUAUGACGCCGCCGUCAAAUAAAGUGUUACCUAUUAACCCAAAUAAAGUAGCGGCUUACAGUCCAAAAAUUACGGUAUAUACUGGUUAUGUCCCCAAGAAACACAGAAUUUUUUUUUUCAAAGUAUUUAAUUCCUUGCCUACCAUUGACAAGGAUAAACGUUCAAUUCGUUUAAACUAGGAAGAUUCAUGUGUCGGUACCAUUCAUCCUCUCCCAGUCAAAACGUAUUGGACGCCUAGCAUCGUCAAUGGCAGUCAUUGACUUUAAAAAAUUCCCUGUAAGGGUUAAAAAGAAAAAACUGCAUGAGCGGGUUCAUAUUGUUAGCGUGUAUGUAGCGUGUAUUUCCUGGUUAUUAUGGGAUUUUUCCAUUUACAUUCUUGAGCAGGGGCCAAAGUUUAAAGACACAAAUGUUAAAAACAGAAAAUUGCAUUGUACUUAACAUGGACAAACUUGAUUUUACCAGUUUGAAUUUAUGCAAAAUGGUCCCAUCAUGCUAAUAAUUUACAAACAAGAAGGUUACCAGUAGAAGCAAACCACGUCAUUAUUUUUCAGUCAUUAACAAGCUGUAUUUUGUAAUAUAUAUUCUCUAUGUAGUUUGUGCCCGAUGUAUGAUUUUUGACUAUUACGCAUUUAAAUUGUUUAAAUUAGGUUUAGCGUCGGCGGACCUUUUACGCACUGUGCCACCAUUAGAGUUGCCUACCAUGUGCCACAAGUUCUUAUUUCCUGUGUCUAUUUCAAGCUACAGUGGGGAGAACAAGUAUUUGAUACAUUGCCGAUUUUGCUGGUUUUCCCACUUGCAAAGCAUGUAGAGGUCUGUAAUUUGUAUCAUAAGUUCUCUUCAACUGUGAGGGACGGAAUCUAAUACAAAAAAAAACAGAAAAUCACGUUUUAUGACUUUUAAAUAAUAAUUUUGCAUUUAAUUGCAUGAAAUAAGUAUUUGAUACAUCACAAAAAUCGAACUUAAUAUUUGGUACAGAAACCUUUGUUUGAUAUUACAGAUACCAAACGUUUCCUGUAGUCCUUGACAAGGUUUGCACACACUGCAGCAGGGAUUUUGGCCCACUCCUCCAUGCAGAUCUUCUCCAGAGCCUUCAGGUUUCGGGGCUGCUGCCGGGCAACACGGACUUUCAGCUCCCUCCAUAGAUUUUCUAUCGGGUUCAGAUCUGGUGACUGGCUAGGCCACUCCAGGACCUUAAGAUGCUUCUUACGGAGCCACUCUUUAGUUGCCUUGGCUGUGUGCUUUGGGUCGUUGUCACGCUGGAAGACCCAGCCACGACCCAUCUUCAGGGCUCUCACUGAAGGAAGGAGGUUGUCAGCCAAGAUCUGGCGAUACAUAGCCCCAUCCAUCCUCCCCUCAAUACGAUGCAGUCGUUCUUUACCCUUGGCAGAGAAGCAGCCCCAAAAAAUAAUGUUUCCUCCACCAUGUUUCACAGUUGGGAUGGUGUACUUGGGGUUGCACUCAUCCUUCUUUUUCCUCCAAACACAACGAGCUGAGUUUAGACCAAAAAGUUCAAUUUUGGUCUCAUCCGACCACAUGACCUUCUCCCAUUGCUCCACUGGAUCAGUGGGUCAGUGGCAAACUUCAGACGUGUCUGGACAUGCACUUCAGCAGCGGGACCUUGCGUGCGCUGUAGGAUUUUAAUCCAUGAUGGCGUAAUGUGUUUCCGAUGGUUUUCUUCGAGACUGUGGUUCCAGCUCUCUUCAGGUCAUUGACCAGGUCCUGCCGUGUAAUUCUGGGCUGAUCCCUCACCUUCCUCAUGAUCAGUGAUGCCCCACGAGGUGAGAUCUUGCAUGGAGCCCCAGAACGAGGCAGAUUGACCGUCAACUUGAACUUCUUCCAUUUUCUAAUAAUCGCUCCAACAGUUGUUACCUUCUCACCCAGCUGCUUGCUUUUUUUCCUGUAGCCCAUCCCAGCCUUGUGCAGGUCUAUUAUUUUAUCCCUGAUGUCCUUACACAGCCCUUUGGUCUUGGCCAUUGUGGAGAGGUUGGAGUUUGUUUGUUUGAGCAUGUGAACAGGUGUCUUUUAUACAGGUAACAAGUUCAAACAGGUGCAGUUACUUCCGGUAAUGAGUGGAGAACAGGAGGGGUUCUUAAAAAAGAACUAAGAGCCGAAAUAUUUACUAGUUGGUAAUGUAUCAAAUACUUAUUUCAUGCAGUUGAAUACAAAUUUAUUAUUUAAAAAUUAUACAAUGUGAUUUUCUGGAUUUAUGUAUUAGAUUCCGUCCCU